AUGUCUUUGCCCCAAUCUUUGCGAGCGUCCGUCACCCCCCCAGAGCUUGAGUUGGUUGCGUCUCAACAACUUAUAGAAAUUGUUCCUCUGAUAUCUAUGGAGAAAACUGCUUUUAUCUCGGGAGCAUACGGGCCUCUUCGUCCACCAAAUAAAGCAAAAAUCCCUCUUUGGAUGGCUGUUAAUUUGAAGAUGAAGAAAAAAUGCCACAUUGUUGCCCCUUCAUGGCUAAACGUUGAUUAUUUGCAAGAGCAUUUGACACACGAAUUAUCGCAACAAACAUUUAGUAGCCUUCCGUUUCGCUAUACCGAAAUUGCCAAAGUUAUACUUGACGUUGCUUCAGACGAUCUGGAUAAUCCAGAUAAAAUACGUUCACUAUUAAAGGAUCUACGAGAAGCGCGACAAGCAAAAAGCAGAGAAGGUCUAAGAACCCUUGAUCACAGUGAGCUUAGUUUGCCGAAUUUGUGUGCCAUGGAAAUCAAUGAAAUCCGACCAUACUUCGUUCAAUCGAUGAGUAUUUUAACUCAACUAGUCCGCGAUCCAUUGCGGAAUGCAUAG